AUGACGAGUCGUCCGAUUGAUUUGUCGGAAGCUUCUCAGGUUUCUGAAGUGCUUCUAGCUGAAAAAGAUCGGGUAGUCGUCAUUCGAUUUGAGCACGGGAGAAAUGCAAUGAGCACUACAAUGGACGAAACACUCUUCAAAAUCGCGCCAGAAGUCAAAAACUUCGCCGUCGUCUAUCUCGUCGACAUUACAAAAGUGCCGGAUUUCAAUAAGAUGUACCAGUUGUACGAUCCGUGUACCGUCAUGUUCUUCUUCCGAAACAAACAAAUUAUGGUCGAUUUGGGCAGUGGAAACAACAAGAAAAUCAACUGGGCGGUCACCGACGGACAGGAGCUGAUCGAUAUCAUUGAGACCGUCUAUCGAGGAGCACGCAAUGGUUUGAAUACCGUGAAAACCGAAAAUAACUACUCUAGAUCCUUCAAGUAUAGCGAAGGUGGACCGGAGAUAAAAUGGCGGCGACCGAUCCCAUUAUGGCAACAUCUGAAAAUUCUAGCAGACCAUGCGUACGCCGAAGACGCGCUAUUGCUCUACGAGAUUACCAAUCAAAGUACAAGUUCGACCCGUUGGACUGUUCCCGAGAAUCCAGAAGAAUUCGAAGUGUUUCAUCAGUUGGGCAAUUUCUACGAUAAGACGAAGAGAUACGCACAAGCGAAUGCAAUUUUUAAGACCAUCAUUCAAACUUUCCCAAAUAAAACACCAUUUUCCCGUCCAAGCCUCUCUUUUCCAAAGGGGAAUGAGGAGGAUGAAGUGGUUGAGACACCUAGAGAGAUUGAAGACAGAGAUUUCACGUGGAUGUGUUUGUAUCGCACUCUUCAGAAGACAAAUAAGCUGAAAGAGGCUUACGAAGCUCUCAAACAUGUGCGCGGUAAGACGUACACACCGCAAAAAUUGAGCGAAAUGAAGCGAGUUAAGCGACAACUGAAGAAAGAAGAACCGCUGAGUACUGCAGUCCCGGAACAGUGUGAUAAUGAACUUCCAGACGAAAACAGCGCCAGAAUCUGUUCCUCUUCUCUCGGACCAGUGAUGUCCGUUCUUCUGAAAGGCAAAGGAGACGCGACGCUCGUCAAACGAUUCUCUGAUCAAUUCCUUGGUACAGAGAGAUCUGACGUCUUCUGGUGGCUGAAAUCUAUGGAAUCCGUCGGAAAGCAGCAUAUCUACGAUGCUAUCGCCUGCCUUGAGAAGAUGUCCCAUCACAAUCCUCGAGUACUCACAGCGAUGGCUCGUCUGAAUUAUCGAAUCGGUAAAAGAGACGAAGCACGUCGUCUGCUUCGUACCGCCCAUGCCAAUGACCCUCUUUGGAUUGACGGAAUGGAUUUGCUCGCGUUUCUUUGUAUCGGGGAUAUCGCACAAUAUGAGACGCUCAUCGAGGAGCUGGCGACUACACUCAACACAGAAUGGCCUCAUCGAGUGGAGACAUAUGUUGUCAAUGGGUUUAUGGUACAUCAAAUGGAUUUGGAUAUGGCGAGGGCUUUCGCGAAUCGAGCCAUGAAAUGCGCGGCGCCACGAUCGGAUCAAUACGUUUUUGCGGUUCAUUUGAAGGCGUAUUGCUUGAGAACGUUGGAGGUUAAGGCGGAAGGAGAAGCGAAUGCGGAUAAAUACCGUCAAGAAACUCUCCGAUUUCUCGAAGAAUGUUUCCAAUCGAUGCCAACCAGCAAUGAUCUAUGUCGUUUAAUAAUUGACAAUUUCUUGGAAAAAAAAGAGACUCAUUGUCUGGCUAAAAGCUUCGCCACCAAGUUCUUGCACAAUAGUCCGAAGAAUGUGUAUGCAAAGCUAUUGAUAAUACACGUUCUGAUCAACGAUGAAAAUCUCGAUUCGAACAAUGCAAAUCAGGAGACAAAAGAACUCUAUCAACUCCUGGAAGAAGUCAUCGACGAGCACCCACACAUUCUAGCGGCCUACUGUUUCCUGCUCAGCGAGUACGCGCGGCUCAAAAAUAACGAAAAGUGCAAGAAGAUAUUGGACAAGUUGACGGCCGCACGACAUCUCAUCUCUCCAGUGGAAACUCAUAAAUUCCAUCGAAUGAAGGCCGAUUAUAUGCUGAAUUUCCGUCAAGUCAUUCCGGCUUAUGAGCAUUUGAUGGCGGCGAUAGCGACGGGCGCAGUGGUCGAUCAGGCACAGAUGGCGGUGUAUGAAUUGGAGUUCGCGUCGAGUAAAGCGAUCACUCAUGACUACAAGAAUCUCGAUUUUUUGGAUCCAAUACUCCCGAGACAACCAACCAGCUCGUCGGUUGGAAGAAACGAAACCGACUCCAAUGCAUUCAAAGAAAUUGUUCGGGACCCCGAGAACGGACAACACUGGUCCGACGAUGAUCUUGUAUAA